AUUUUGUUAAAAUACUAAAAUUCAAAGCACAUUAUUAGACCAUCUUUAUCGGUCUCAAUUACCACGGUUCUUAGCAUUAAACCAGAAAAAAAUAAAACAAAAAAUUGAAAUAAUAGAAGGACGUUAACUAAAUAAGAAGUGUUCUUAACGCGUCCUUAUGAGACACAUGUUGCCUUUUCAUCUAUCUCUUUCUCUCUCUUGAAAUCUCGACUCGUCUUCUUCUCCUCGACGAUGAAUGGAAUCCUUGAUAGUUUCUCUGGGUUUUCUUUUCCUCUGUUGUAGUCUCCUAUUUAUGAUCUCAAUCAUCUGUUGUGGCCUUGGUAUCAUGGGAUUACAGAGGCGAAUUUGAUCUCUCUCUUUCGCCGUCGAUUUGAGGUUUUCCUUUGAUCGGAAUUUAAUGAGUUACCGGGUCUCCUCCAUACUCCUCCUCAUCCUCCUAGCUAGAUCAUGUUUACCUUCCGGGUUCGCUUCUGUUUGCGAUCAUCAUCAUAAUAAUGAAUUGGAGGAGGUGUUCCGAUGCAGAAUCGAGAGAUUCGUACAACGACCUUGAUGUGUUUAACGUAAGGAUGAAGUCUUGAUCUUUAUGGUGAUGGUGAAAUUGAUCACCAGGUCGGCUCACUUGAAGGCAAUGGAAGUGGCGAAAGAAGCGGGAGCUCUUCUUUCCUACGACCCAAACCUCAGGGAGCCUCUGUGGCCAUCAAAGGAAGAAGCCAAGACACAGAUCACGAGCAUCUGGGAGAAGGCUGAGAUCAUCAAGGUAAGCGACGUCGAGCUUGAGUUUCUUACUGGAAGCAACAAAAUCGAUGAUGAGACCCCAAUGUCCUUGUGGCAUCCCAACUUGAAGCUCUUGCUUGUCACUCUCUUGUUACAGGUAUGGAAUGGAGUUGCAUGAGGAAGAGGAGAUUGCAGAAGAGAUAGCUCGGUUGAGGAGCGGAGCUAGCCGUUUGGCAGAAGCUAAGAAGUCUUCAAGGGGAGCUCCUGCACAGCUAGUUGAAGCGAUGAACAAGUUCAGACGAAGCAACUGAAGACGCUCAGUUCAGAAGCCAAUUUGGGACAGUGGACUAGGCCUCAGUCUUCCACAUUAACAAAGAACUUGCAGGAUAGGUUAAAUCGGUUUGCAGCUAAUUUGAAACAAACUGGACAACGUGAUCUAACUUGUUUAUGUUCUUCUUUUUA